AGAAUAUUGUGGUAAUGUAGGAUGAGCGCUCACGAAUCCAAGGUUUUAUAAUGAAUUCGUAUCGCCUUUGAUCCUGAAAUUUUCAUCAUCAAUCACCCAGUCUCCCGUUCCCGCUCGUCUACUUGCGCAAGAUGUCACUUUGUGUCUGUCGGAAAAUUGACCGGUUAGCCAGUUCCUUUGGCUCUUGACAUGAAACGAGCAGAUAUGUGACUGGCAGUCCCGGCGAAGAACAUGCGAUAAUGACUCGUACCAUCAUCUCUGCUGGAAUGAUUGAUCACUGUAUCGUCGCCAUUUAUUUGCCGGCCGUGAACGUCGCUGAACAUGCCGUGGCGCGCAUCGAGGGACGAAGCUCGGGUCCAUCAUACCCUGAGCGUCCACAUCUCAAUCGAUCCUGUAUAGGAAAGGAUGUAGAUUAGACGGCACUCGCGAUGAGUGAGGAAGGAAGAGAAAGGACUGCGCCUUCUCGUAUGAAUAC